CAAAAAAUCUCCCGAGUCCCCGUCCUUUAGUUGUCGCUCUCACUUGGCAUCUCUUUUCACAAAAAAAAAAAAAAAAAAAAAGAGCUCAGCCCUCUUCACCAAACAAACAAACAAACUAACCGACAUCCCACCAUCCAACCAUGGAGGAAGCGCAGCGAUCGCUUCUCCUGAGCUCCGCCGUCCGCUUCCCGCCGCUGGAGGGCGCCAGGCUGUCGUACGGCACUGCAGGGUUCAGAACCGACGCGUCGCUCCUCCGAUCGACGGUGUUCCGUGCGGGGAUCCUGGCCGCGCUCAGGGCUCUCAAGACCCGAUCGGUGAUUGGCCUCGUGAUCACCGCCUCCCACAACAAGGUCUCGGACAAUGGCGUCAAGAUCGCCGACCCCACUGGCGAGAUGCUCUCUCAGGAUUGGGAGCCCUUCGCCGAUUCCCUCGCCGCUGCGCCGAGUCCCGAUCAUCUCCUCAAAGGGAUUAUCGAAUUCGCGGAAUUCGAGAAAAUCGAGUUCGACGGAAGGAAAGUGGAGGUUUUGAUUGGGAGAGAUACGAGGCCGAGUGGUCAAUCUCUGCUUGAGGCUGCUAAACUUGGAAUUGGGUCGAUUAUUGGAGCUGUUGCUGUUGAUGUGGGGAUUUUAACCACGCCACAGCUGCAUUGGAUGGUUCGUGCUAGUAAUUGUAGCACGCAAGCUUCGGAAUUUGAUUACUUUGAACAACUUUCAAGGUCGUUCAGGUGCUUGAUGGAUUUGAUUCUGGGUGGAUCUGAAAGCAACGAGGGUAAUGACAAGGUGGUUGUUGAUGGCGCUAAUGGUGUUGGGGGUGAAAAGCUUCUCGUCUUGAAGGAAAUGUUGAACUUGAAGGAUCUGGAAAUUGAGGUUCGGAACUCUGGAAGAGAAGGUGGCGUGCUCAACGAAGGUGUUGGUGCUGAUUUUGUGCAGAAAGAGAAGGUUGUUCCAUCUGGUUUUGGUCCGCAGGAUGUUGGGAUAAGGUGUGCUAGCUUGGACGGAGAUGCUGAUCGGCUUGUAUAUUUCACUGCGCCAUCAAGUAGUAGUAAGAUAGAACUUGUUGAUGGGGACAAGAUAUUAUCUCUAUUUGCUGUAUUUAUCAAGGAAGAGCUAAGUAUUCUCAACAAGGAACCAGAUGCUAGUACUGGAGAUGAUUAUCAGUGUCGCAUUGGGGUUGUUCAGACAGCUUAUGCAAAUGGAGCAUCCACAGAUUAUCUGAAACGGUUAGGCCUUGAAGUUUUUUUUACUCCAACAGGGGUAAAGUACCUGCAUCAGAAAGCUACUCAGUAUGAUAUCGGGAUCUAUUUUGAAGCAAAUGGCCAUGGCACCAUACUGUUUUCAGAACCUUUUCUACGUUGGUUAGAUGCCAAAAAUAAUGAACUUUCUUCUGUUGCUAAAGGUUCAGAGCAGCAAAAGGCUGCUUUGAGAUUGUUAGCAGUUAGUAAGUUGAUCAACCCGGCGGUUGGUGAUGCUUUAAGUGGGAUGCUCUUAGUGGAGGCUAUUUUGCGACACAAGGGAUGGUCAAUACAUAGAUGGAGUGAGCUUUAUCAUGAUCUUCCCAGUAAGCAGCUUAAGGUCAAGGUUGUAGAUAGAACAGCUGUUGUAACAGCAAAUGCAGAAACCGAGGUUGUGAAACCCCCUAGCAUUCAAGAAGCCAUUAAUGCUGAAACUGCUAAAUAUCCUCAAGGCCGAUGCUUUAUACGACCAUCAGGGACAGAAGAUGUUAUACGUGUUUAUGCUGAGGCAUCGACGCAAGACGCAGCAGAUAGCCUAGCAAACUCAGUGGCGAAGCUGGUGGAUAAGUUCUUGGGGCAUGGCAGCUCCUAAGGUCCGAACUUCUUUUAUCACUAACUGAACUGACUGGUUUAUGCAGAGAGAGUCUUCGUUGGACUUGUUGAAAUGCCGGAUUUAAUACUUAUUGUUAGUUAGGAUGUGUUUGAUCGUUCCAAACUAUGUUUUACCUAGUUAUGAAGUAUUUGGAUCUUGGACAUUUAAGCUAAACUGCUGAAUGCCCAUUUAAACAUGUAUGCAGUAUAGGCAUUAGUGUAAGUGUGGACAGCAGACAGCAGACAGCAGACAGCAGACAGAGAGAUAACUGGAAGUUCCAGUUUAUGUAUUGGUUUCUGGAUUGAAUAUGUUUUAUUAUAGUUCCAAAGCAUUUGAAAUAAACCGUCUUUGGCAACAUUUUGGGCGUAUUAGCUGUAGCUUCAUUGUGUGAGUGGUGUGAUGCCUUCGAGCAUCUCGUGACUGGUUUCCUGGCUAUGUAGUGCAAGAAGCUUUCUGUUAGGAUCCGUUAAUUUGGGAACUUGUUGGUUAGUGGGCUGGUAGAGUUAGUAGGAAUUAGUAUAAAUAAAGGGCUUAGUAGCUUACUAGAGGUAUGUUGUGAUUUUGAGAGUUUUGGGAGACUGAGAUUAGAGAGAGCAAUGGUCUCUCGAAUAC